CCUGCUGCAAGAAGAUGAGCUCGUCAAACCAGCUUUUGCUGCAUCCGGAAUUCUCGUGGCCAACACACUCAACAAUAAAACACGACAUCUCAAUGGCCUGGCAUCAUGGGACCAACAAAAGCAACCCACCAUUUACGGUGCGUGAUAAGGUAGAACAUAGGACAAAUCCCACCCCACAUAAAAGGAUGUCAAAGCCAUCUUCAACAAACCUCAUCAGCUCUCCCCUAUCCAUCCUCUUCCAAUUUGAGCUCCAAAUGGCUGCAGAAUCAACCCUCCAAACCUCUUUCCUGCUCUUCUUAUGCUUCAUCACCCUCUCGAUAGUGUCUAAGAACUUCUACAUCACACCUUGUCUGGCUGACUUAGCCGUGGACUCCGUUGAUGAGUGGACCGAAGAGAAGGAAGAUGAUGAGGUUAAUGAUGAGGUUCAGAGCCAACGGACACUGUCAAGAGACUGUGACUUGUCUGUUGGAGAGUGGGUUUUCGAUGCAUCAUACCCUCUCUAUGAACCAAAUUGCCCUUACCUCAGCAACCAAUUAAGCUGCCGGAGGAACGGAAGGCCGGACUCCGACUACGAGAAGUGGAGGUGGAAGCCGCAUCGGUGCUCAAUUCCAAGGUUCAAUGCCUUGGACUUCCUUGGAAGAAUAAGAAAGAAGAGAGUCAUGCUAGUGGGAGACUCCAUAAUGAGGAAUCAAUGGGAGUCUCUCGUUUGCUUGGUGGAAGCAGUGAUUCCAAGCGAGAGGAAGCUGGUUUCUUCCCAUGGCCCAACCAUUGCUUUCCAUGCAAUGGACUACCAAGCAUCGAUCGAGUUCUCAUGGGCUCCUCUUCUAGUGGAAUUGAAGGAAGAAGCGCAUCACAAGAAGAUUCUCCUCCUGGAUUCGAUCGAGGAGAACGCGAAGUACUGGCGUGGAGUCGACGUACUUGUGUUCGACUCUGCUCAUUGGUGGACUCAUUCCGGCAAAUGGAGCUCGUGGGAUUACUACAAAGAGGGGGAGAGGCUGUUCGCUAGUUUGAACCCAAUGGUUGCCUAUGAGAAGGGACUCACAACAUGGGCUAAGUGGGUGGACUUGAACUUGGAUCCUAAUCGAACUCGAGUCAUCUUUCGAAGCGUCUCGCCCCGGCAUAACAGGAAAAAUGGAUGGCAAUGCUACAAACAGAGGGAGCCUCUGGUCUUCUUGGGCUACAGACCUCGGGUUCCCGGCCAACUGGCCGUGGUACACGACGUACUGAAGAAGAUGAGCUUUCCAGUGUACCUUUUGGAUGUGACGAGCAUGUCGGCACUUCGAAGAGAUGGGCACCCGUCGAUAUUUGGAAGAGCUGCUGGUGAGCAGGGGAGGCUGGACACAGUAGGCUGGACCUCGGAUUGCACCCACUGGUGCUUGCCCGGGGUGCCUGAUGCAUGGAAUGAGAUGCUUUCUUAUGCUCUUCUUCUCUAGAUAUCAAAUAAGAGAAAAAAUUUGCCUAGUGAUAUGCUUGUACUUGGCCUUUGUAGUGAUGCUAUUAAGGUUUUAUGUGGUUUUCUGUUUGGGUUACUUGUAUGAUCUUCAAGGUUAUGAUAUUACUUAGCUUGUGCUUCUCUUUGUUUCUCUUAAGAUAAGAGAUCAAUGUGUUUAACACCUUUUUUUGUCUUGGGCUCCUUAAUUAAUGAUUCAGCGUGUGGUGGUUUAAUUUGCUAGCUAAAACGGAUUAAAUGGAGGACGGACAUGAUUCACCUUCCCUGGAUGAUGGUUGCACUGCAUGAUCAGCUAAUGGCGACCGAAAUAAUCGUUAUGUAAUUGGUUUAUCACGGGCCAAUUCCAUCGGUCAAUGAAUAGAAGGGCUGUUGAAUUCAUUCCCGUACGCCAAUUGAGAAUUUAUGGGUCAGCGACGAAGAGGUCCGCAGUUUAUGGUCUUCGUCAAAGUUCUCCAAGCCGCCUUGAAUUCAAUUUUGGCUCCUUGCCCUGGACCCACAAGCCAAUAAUAGCUGUGGGGCUUAACCUGCUUUCCACUAAGGGUGCAUUUGACUCGCAGCUAAAUUUAAAAUUGGAAUCCGUAUCUGAGUCGGAAUUGAAAUAGAUUAGAUCACGGGAUUCAGAAUGAUGAUAUUUUUUGACGUGUUUAGUUCUUAUUAGAAUCAGAAUCGAAAUGAGAUUUGAAUAUUAGAGAAGGUUUGGAAUUGUGUUUGACGAGAUUGGGGCAUUUUCAUUCAUAUCUAGAUUAGGAGACGGAGUGGAACUCCCUCCAAC